CUUUCCUCACACAUAACCUCAUUUUGUACAGCCAGCCAAAUAAGAACUUCCAGCCCUCUGCUAAAAUGAAUCUGGAAGCAGCUGCAACACAAAUUAGAAAUUUUAAGGAUUUCCUGCUGCUGUACAACAAAUUAACAGAACACUGUUUCACAAAAUGCGUGGAUAAUUUCUACAGCAGAACUACUUCUGCUGAUGAGCGCAAGUGCGUCGAUAAUUGCUUUGGGAAGUUUACGAAUGUAAAUCAAAAGAUCCUGGGGGUUUAUGUUGAUGUGCAACAGGAAAUUAAUGCUAGACGUAUAGCUGAAAUGGAAGCGAAUCAGAAUGCUAUAGCUGCCGCUGCAGAGGGCCAAGAAAAUAGUUAAAAAAAUUACAAAUAAAAGAUUUUUAGAAUA